UCGCCCACACUUGCGUUGCUACGAGACCUUGGGAGCAUUUUUUAUUCAUUACAUUGGGUAUUUAGGCUGUUAUUUUUAUAAAUUUUCCAAUAAGUGCCUGUUCUGUAGUGCAAACAGUGUUGGGUUCUAUAAUUGUGUAUAAUGUCCUUUUCGUGAACAACUCUUGUUGUAACAACAAACCUUGGUACCUAUAUCAUCGUAUCCCCUUAGUGUUAUGAAACAUGAUCACACCAUAACAAAGCAAUGUGCUAGUGGUAACACAAACAUUAUGUUAUAAAUUGUAGGCCCCAAUAAUGACACAAUGAGCCCAGUGGAGAGCGUGCCUGCAGCUGUCCUCAAUUGUGUGGAUGAUUAUGUUGAGCUGCUCUAUGAUGACAUUCCAGAGAAAAUCAAAGGGUCAGCACUCAUUUUACAGCUUGCUAGAAACCCGGAUAACCUGAUUGAACUUUCUAGAAAUGAGGCACUCCUUAGUGCUCUAUCUAGAGUACUAAGAGAGGAAUGGAAAAGGAGCAUAGAGUUGAGCACAAAUAUAGUUUACACCUUCUUUUGUUUUUCAACUUAUAAUGAGUUCCACCCAGUGAUAAUUCAGUACAAAAUUGGCUCCCUGUGCAUGGAUGUAAUAGAUUAUGAAUUAAAAAGAUAUGACCAAUGGAAGGAAAAGGUUGAAGGGAAAAAACCAGUUCUAACACCUGAUAAGAGUGAAAUACCAAGAAGCCGCAUUCCAGAACCAAAGCGCCGCCCCAAGUCGGGCACAUGGGCCGUUGCUGAUGUGAACUUACAAAAGUCGCGCUCUCUCGUUUCCAGCUACCAUGAAGAUCUUUGCAAUGCGUCUGACGAAUGCCUUUCCAAGAAUGAUGAGGAACAAUUGAAGAGAAAACUAAAGACUUUAUCCAAAAGACAGGAACAACUGUUAAGAGUGGCAUUCUAUAUGCUUCUGAACAUUGCCGAUAAUAUCAGAGUUGAAGAAAAGAUGCACAAGAAAGACAUAGUGGGCUUGCUCAUUGGAGCUAUGGAAAGACAUUCCAACAUUGACUUACUCAUCUUAAUCAUGUCAUUUUUGCAAAAGUUAUCAAUUUUUGUGGAAAACAAAAAUAGCAUGGCUUCUAGAGGAAUUGUAGAGAAAGUAGCACCACUGCUGGACUCUACUAAUGCUGAUUUAGUGAAUGUCUCAUUAAAAUUGCUGUUUAAUUUGACAUUUGAUACUAAGUUGCGUAACAAAAUGAUCAAGAUUGGUCUGCUGCCAAAAUUCAUACAAUUUACAAGUGAUGACAAACACAAGAACUUAGCAAUGAAAAUUUUGUAUCAUCUAAGUAUGGACGACAGAGUCAAAUUAAUGUUCACCCAGUCUGAUUGUGUAAAACUGCUAACAGAUAUGUUGCUGUUAAACGUGAACAGCGAUGUGAGCGAUUCCGGAGGUGCGACUGACGUACUGGUAGCAUUGUGUGUUAACCUGGCGUGGUGCGAGCGGGCCUCGCAACAGAUGGCCGGCGACGGCAGACUGCGCGAGCUGUUGGCGCGUGCUUUUCGACACCGCAACCCUACGCUUAUGAAACUCGUGCGUAACCUGUCGCAUCAUUUCCAGAAUAGGUCUCUUUUUGUGGAGUUCGUCGGCGACAUCGCAGGAGCAGUGACCAGCGGAGACGUGUCCGAAGACUUCGUGGUGGAGUGCAUCGGUACUCUGAGCAAUAUCCUCAACCCGAACGACAAUAUUGAUAUUCACGCGGUCGUCGUUCGGUACAAGCUUAUUCAGUGCAUUAUGAACAUUUUUGAACCAGAUGGCAACAAAGAACCAGAUCUCGUACUAGAAGGCGUAAUAUUGGCAGGAGCUAUAAGCGCGGAGCGACAGUGUGCAGAAGAGUUCGCACACGCCGGCGGCAUUGAGGCCUUAGUUGCUCUACUGCGUCUACGACAGGCAGACGACGAACAUGUGUUGCAAACCGUAUUCGCCUUCAGACAGCUGCUGUCUCAUCCGCGUGCAGCGGACUACCUUGUUACAAAAACAGAAGCACCAGCCUACCUUAUUGAUCUUAUGCAGGACAAAAACGUCGAAAUAAGAAAAAUGUGCGACUCCUGUCUCGACAUCAUUUCACAGAUGCAGAAUGAAUGGGCUAUGAGAAUAAAGGUGGAAAGAUUCCGAUGCCACAACGGUCAAUGGCUGUCCAUGGUGGAGACACUAGACGCAGAGGGCGCAGCGGGGGACGCUGCUGACGACCUGCCGCCGUACCUUUCUGCGGAGUAUCUUACCACGCACCGCUUAACCAAUUCAGAUUCCCAAACAUCUCUGAACGACGAUUCUGAUAGCUUCUCUGGCGAAGUAGAUAUUAAUCGAGCUUUGAGCAGAAACACAUUGGAUGACACUGUAGAUGAUUUCGGAAUUUCGGAUUCUAUAACAGGGCGAGCUGUGGACACUGAUACACAAUUUGCAAACGAUCUCAAAGUAUUCGCUUAAACCUUUUGUUGUUGCUAAAUACAUCAGCAUGUAUAACGUCGUUAUAAAAAUAAUGUAAUGCUUUAAUAUUUUGUUUUGU